AUGAAUUUGGAGGGUAAAUUUCGAAACGUUUUCAGCGAAGAAUUGGGUGCUCACAAAGGGUCAUCCGUUUCUUUGGAAAUAUUGCCAGGAUCAAAUCCAAUUUUCCUCAAGCAUCGUCAGUGUCCAAUCGCCUGGAAGCCAGCAGUUGAAACAGAAAUUGAAAAACUCGUUCAACAAAAAAUUUUGGAGCCUAUCAUGUUUUCCCGUUGGGCAAAACCCAUAGUACCUGUGCCUAAGUCUGACGGUUCGGUAAGAAUAUGCGGUGAUUACCGGAGCACUGUAAAUGCGGUGAUAAAAACCAAUGCUUACCCCCUACCAACUGUCUCAGAGGUCAUGGUGGCAAUCUCAGACGGCAAAGUAUUCACAAAGUUAUAUUUACAGCAGGCUUACCAGCAACCCGUUGUUGAUGACGCCUCUGCUGAGUUGUUGUCCCUUAAUACACACAAGGGAUUAUAUAACGUGCGUAGAUUACAUUUUGGUGUUUCGGCCGCUCCAGAUUUGUUUCAAAAAUUUAUGGAUAGUCUUUUGGUCGGUAUAAAGGGCGUAAAAGCAUAUCUCGAUGAUAUCAUCGUUUCGGGAAAAGACGAAUCUGGCCACAAAUGUAAUUUAGAAGCAGUUUUUGAAAAAUUAUCUAAAGCAAACGUGACAGUAAACAAAAAUAAGUGUUUAUUUGCUAAACGCGAAUUGGACUUUCUUGGUUUCCAUAUUAGUAGGGAUGGAAUUUCCCCUAACAAAGAGAAAGUGAGACCGAUUCAACAGGCACCUAUUCCUGAAAAUAAAGAGAUGUUGCAAUCCUUCCUGGGUUUACUUAAUUUUUAUAACUCAUUUUUACCUCAUAAAUCAUCUGUUGCCCAAAAAUUACAUCGAUUGUUUGAUAAAAAAAUGGAAAGGAACUCUCUACUCAUAAGGGCUGUAUCCCCCACAUAUCAAAAUCAAAUUUUGAAACUUCUUUAUGGUUAUCAUCCGGAAAUCAAUUUAAUGAAGGCCUAUUCCCGUAGCUAUGUGUGGUGGCUUAACCUUGAUAAGCAAAUAGAAUUAGAAGUCCAACGCUGUGACCAAUGUCAAACAAAUAAAGGAAAUCCACCAGCUGCACCACGAACAUUUAUUAAGCCCCCAGAAGAUCCAUGGAACACCUCACAUAUAGAUUUUGCUGGACCAUUCCAGGGACAUACAUUUUUGGUCAAAGUGGAACCUAUGUCAAAGUGGCUUGAAGUAAAAAUAGUACGCAAUAUGUCAUCGACUGAAGUGAAAAAUAAAUUGCGUGAGCAGUUUUAUACUUUAAAUGGUAUUAAGUACAAUUCAACGGCUCCAUACCACCAAUCCAGUAAUGUACAAGCAGAACGUAUGGUUCAAUACUUAAAGACUUCUCUCAAGACCAUAUCAGAGGGAGACAUGCAGACCAAACUGCAACGUGUUCUGUUUAAACAAAACACGACACCAAACACAACAACAGGAAAAACACCAGCUGAGCUGCUGAUGGGACGAAGGCUUCGAACUGCAUUAGAUGCCAUGCAUCCGGAUGAUGGAGAGAUAAAUCCGGUGAAUUCAGAUUCAUCUUUUGGUCAGCUAUACAGCAAUAUAGAAACAGAAAAAGCAACAGAAGUGCUAGAGAGAGUUAAGAGGGAUGAAGAUAUGGCUCAACACACCACCACCACCGAACCACCGCGCCAUCAUCCAUGCCAUCUCAAUGGACAGGACAUGGAGAGAUGA